UACCCUAAGCCCUCUCUUAGUUUAAGACAUUGUCUUCACAUCCAAAACUCAAAUGCAAAUCUUUGUCUCCUUUCUUCCUUCAAAGUAUUUCAUUACAAAACUCUAGAUAUCUAAUCUUCUCUUGCCUCUCUUAAGGGUUUCCAUCUGGCUGAUGCUGACUAUCUUCAAACAAGUUCUGAACUUUUGAAGUUUAUUAAGAUCAAAGUCUUCUGCUUUUAAUUGAGUGGCUAGCCUCUUUGUCCCCAAACCAAGAAACAGUUUGCAACAAGAAGAAGAUUUUUUUUGUAGAAGACUCCAAUAAAAAUGGAAAUUGCAAGUCAAGAAGACCAUGAUAUGCCCAUCCCGUUGAACACUGCAUUUGUUGGUGGUGGUGGUGGUCAUGGUCACAUCAUUCAUCAUCAUCAUGACCAUCAUGCUGCUAAUUCUGCUCCUCCAACUCACAACAACAACAACAUUACCACUCAACCACCACAGAUGCCCUUACAUGGCAAUGGUCAUGGUAACAAUCAUGAUCAUCGUCAACAUCAAGAUCCCCAUCAUGUGAGUUACAACGCCAUCAUCAAGAAGCCUAUGAUAACGUAUAAAGAGUGUCUCAAGAAUCAUGCAGCAGCAAUGGGAGGCAAUGCUACUGAUGGGUGUGGAGAGUUUAUGCCCAGUGGUGAAGAUGGCUCCAUUGAAGCUCUCACUUGCUCAGCUUGCAACUGCCACAGAAACUUCCAUAGAAAAGAAGUCGAAGGUGAAACCACAGCCACCGCCAUUUCCUCUUACCACCAACCGCCUCCACCCCGGAAACUCAUGCUCAACCACCAUAAUAUCAGAUCAGCCAUGCCUCACCAGAUGGUCAUGCCGGUGGGAGUUUCUAACUACCGUUAUAUGCAUCAAUCGGAGUCUGAUGACUUCAUGGAGGAAGACGGCGUAACCACCGCGUCUAGACCCCCACCGUACAACCAGAAGAAGAGGUUUAGGACCAAGUUCACGCCGGAACAGAAAGAGAAGAUGCUGGGUUUUGCUGAGAGAGUUGGGUGGAAGUUACAAAGGCAAGAAGAUUCAGUUGUUCAGAGAUUCUGUGAAGAGAUUGGAGUGAAGAGAAGAGUCCUUAAGGUUUGGAUGCACAACAAUAAGCUCCACUUCUCCAAGAAGGACAAUAGCAACAACAUUAAUCUCGAAGACAACGACAACGAAAAGAUCAACAACGUUAACAAUGUUGAUCUGUCUGGUAAUAUCGACAUGACUAAGAUCGUCCCAUAAAUUACUAUUAGUUAAGUUGUUUUAUGAUUUGAUUAUGAUUAGUCGUCUCUUUAAUUUAGCUAUUAGGGUUUUAAUAUUAUGUUCUAGUUGGUGUGGUUGUAUUUAUAUAUAAACUUGCGUUUGCUAUCUGAUUAGUGAUAUGGAUUAUCAUAUAUCUUUU